UGUAUAUGAAAAUCUGCCUCCUGUCAAAGUCUGGGGCAUGCCACGGGACCCAGAGUCAAUCCCGGCCCACCACCUGCACGCGCUUCGAAAAUGCAGGAGACCCAGAACCGGCCGACCCCACCCUCAUUGGAGAAAAAGAAACCGGGAUCUUGUGGAAUACCCCUCCUUUCCGGGAGAGUGUCCACCGCAGGCCAGCAGAGCAGGCCUCAGGGCAGUGGGGGCCACGGCCUCCCUCGCAGAAGCAUGGCUCAGGUGUGAAGAAGGAUUUCAGGAUUCUCCUGGGACUCGGUCAUUAGCAGCUGAAAAGAAGACUAUUACAGAGAAGCACCUUGAAUUGUUUGCUAGUCCCAAAAAAGAAACUACCACAUCUAAGAGUGCCAGUGGGCUUACAGAUAUAACUUGGAGCUCCAGUGGAAGUGAUCAGUCAGAUGAAGAUGAACUGCAGUUUGUUGACUGGGAGAGGGACAGUGACAGGGAAGAUACUAACGAUGAGAAUGAAUUUGAAGACAGUGAGAGUGCUGUGGAGGAUGGCGAGAGUGCUGUGGAAAUAUCAGACUGUGCUUCUUGUGCAAGCAGUCGUUCUUUGACAAGUGAAGACAGAGUAUCUGAGCUUCCUAAG